AAUAAUUUUUUUUUUAAAAAAAAAAAAGAAAGAAAGAAAGAGGAAAGGCAAACCCUUAAAGGACAAUUCUGAAAGACGUAAACCCUAAAACCCUGAUUUGCUUCCACUCACUCUAACUAUUUCUCUCAACGCCGGCGGCCCUCAAAGCAGAUGAAGAAGAAGAAGGUCAAGACUGGUGGUGAAUCGACCACUGUUGUUGAUUUGAAGUCUUUAAUUCAUCAACAUUCACUGUUCUUUGAUAAGUUGGUUGAGCUUAUACCUGCUAAGUUUUAUCUACCUACCGAUGACAAGGAUAAGCCCUGGUAUCAGGGUCUUAGCAAGGCCCAAAAGGCUUCAGCCAAGAAGGAAGCUAGGGAGAACAUUAAGAAAGCUCGAAGGAAUCGAUUAGAUCCCGAUAAGUCUUCUGCAACAACCCUUGAUUUGCUCAAGGAAAGCUUGGAGAAGGAGAAAAAGGAUGUUGAGAGUGAUGAUGAAGUUAAAGCUGAGACUAAACCUGUUUUGUCUGGUUUGGAUGAUGAUAAUAGGUCAGUUACAUAUGAAGAGCUAAGACAACGGUUGCGUCGUAGAAUUGAAGAGUUUGAGUCUACUCGGAGCAAUGGUGGCUCGGAGCCUAGAAUAACCAAGAGGUAUGAGAGGAAUGAGAGGAGAAGCAUUGAGUAUAAGAAGCGUAAAAGGGAAGGUGAGUUUGGAGACAAGGCAGCUAAACCUGAUGUUUCGAAGAAGAAAGUAGAGGAAGAUGUUGAAGAAGCCUCAAAGGUGCUUUCAUUUGGUCAUGUUAAGCUCAGUAAUGAUGAAGAGCAUGAGAAGAAGAAGAGGAGGGUUUCAAAAGCGAGGGAACUUGAGAGAGCAAAGAAGUUGGAGGAAGCGAAGAAUGAUCCAGAGAAAGGAGAGAUUAUCUCAAAGAAGCAUUCUUGGGAUGCUGCAACGAGUAGAGCUGCUGGGAAAAAGGUUCAUGAUGAUCCCAAGCUGUUGAAACAGAGCUUAAACAAGGAUAAGAAGAGGCAACAGAAGAAUGCCGAGAAGUGGAAGGAAAGGAUUCAAACGACUGAGAAAUUGAAAUCAGAGAGACAGCAGAAGAGGUCACAGAACAUAGAGCAGAAGAAACAGGAUAAGAAGAUGCGCCGAAUCGCUAAGAGGGAAAAGAAGCUCAUGCGGCCGGGAUUUGAAGGUCGGAAGGAGGGUUUUAUCAAUGACAAAUCAACUUAAUAAUUAGAUUGGCUUGCUAUAACCAUUAUGAAAAGCUUGAGAUUCACAAGAACUGGUAAAACAGAUUAUAAAUAUGUUUUUCUCACAAAUUGGUUAGCCUAUUUGUCUUACAUUAUAGUUGAUUUUGGUUCAUCUUAUUCUGUUGCUGCUUAAAUUUUACUACUGCUCUGAUGUUUUUUCUUGGCGCCUUUGCCACAUAUCAAUUACAGUUUUCGAAUUCAGGAGUUUA